AGCCGGUUCGCGGUAUAAAUUCCACAAAGCCACGUCGUUUGAUCGGACCAGGAAACGGAUGAAACCAAACGACAACCCAAAACCAAACAGUAAAAACCCCAGUUUUUCAGUUACUCCAUCGUUCUCGUGCUCUCUGCAUCUGUAACUAGGAACAACCGCCAUAACUAUAAAGGCCUCACAGUCAAAGGAUUAACGCCAAGACAAGUGAUUAAUAUUAAUUGAUUGAUAACUAAUCGUAAUUAAGCAGCAGCAGCAGCGCCCCUAAAUCAAAAAAAUGAGGCGCAGAGGCUCCAAGUCCAAGAGUGUUGUGAGUGAUACCACUCACACUGACUCGUCCGCCACCGAGUCCGACAGCUCCGCCACCAAGACCGAUUCCGACAUGAUCGACGACGAAAACGACGACGCUUCAUCCCCUUCCUCCGAUUCCUGCCCCUUCGCCGAGGGCGAGAAGGUCAUCGCCUUUCACAACCAUCGACUGUACGCGGCCAAGGUCACCAAUAUCCGAUACAAGAUGGAAUGGGAGUUUUAUGUUCAUUACCUUGGAUGGAGCAAAAAUUGGGAUGAGUGGGUAGGGGUGGAUCGUCUGAUGAAAAACACUGAAGAGAAUAGGAAGAAACAAGAGGCCAUCAAACAGAAACAGGGAACAGACAAGAACGCGAAGCUAAAACACAUGUCGCAGACUAAACCAAAAAGUUAUCAUGCGUCAAGAGGGAAGAAGCGAAAGAAUGACUCUGUUAAUAAGGACAAAGAUGCCAUACCGAUGGAAGAUCUUUUGCUUCAAAUGCCACAACCACUAAAGAAACAACUAGUUGAUGAUUGCGAAUUCGUUACUGAUCUGGGCAAGCUUGUUAAACUUCCACGUACUCCAAAUGUGAAUGACAUAUUCAAGAAGUAUCUUGACUACAGAUCAAAGAAGGACAGUACGAAGAAAGCUCAAUCUAUUGAAGAAAUUCUGAAAGGACUGUGUUGUUACUUUGAUAAAGCACUGCCGGCGAUGCUGUUGUACAAAAAUGAACGUCAGCAGUAUGAGAAAGCAAUCACAGAUGAUGUCUCUCCUUCAUCUGUCUAUGGUGCUGAGCAUCUAUUACGUCUCUUUGUUAAACUACCCGAGUUAUUGAUGGAUGCUAACAUUGAAGAGGAGACACUGAAAGUGUUGCAGAAAAAAUUAGUCGACUUUCUCAAGUUCCUACAGAAGAACCAGAGUGCAUUUUUCCUCUCUACCUAUCAUGUACCAGACGAUAUUGAAACCAGCACCAACGAACCAGGUGUCUAAGCGCGGGCACACUUGCUACAUUUUUGUACAUAAUACCGCAAAAGAACUUCUGUUCAUGAUGGCUCGGCACCAUUUUGAAUAUUUCAUCAGCUCGAAAAGCCGUUGAAACUGAAUGUGCUCGUGGUGCACAUAUUAUAAUCCUUUUUGUUCCUGUAACUGAUACUUCAAAAAUCUGGUAAUUUACCAUAUGUAAAAUAUCUAGUUAGUCCA